AUGGCUCUCACGAUGCGCGCCGGCACGCUCGACGACGUGGACCAGCUGGUCGAAGUCUACAUGGCCGCGUUUGCCAACAACGGCGUGCAGAAGGUGGUGUUCCCGCCGACGUCGACGCAGGUGCGGCCGUUUUGGCGGCAGAACCUGACCAACAACCUCACCGAGGACGACACGCACGUCCGCGUCAUGGAGACGGCGGCGACCGACGCGGGCCCCAAGGCGAUUGUGGCGUUUGCCGUCUGGAACGCGCCCCGCAAGCCCACGGAUCCCAUCCCGUCCAUGCCGCCGCGCGACGCCUGGCCGAGCGACGGCGACCCGGACGCGGCCGUCGAGUUCUUCCACGACCUGGAGCGGCAGCACCGGCGCUACAUGGCGCACCCGACGAACGCGGGCCAGCAGCAGCCGCACUGGUACCUCGAGCUGAUUGCCACGCACCCGGCCCACCAGGGCAAGGGCGCGGCCGGCGCGCUGCUGCGGUGGGCCGAGCAGCAGGCGGACGCGCAGCAGGUGCCGUGCUACCUGGACGCGACGCCCGACGGCCGGCCCGUGUACACGUCCAAGGGCCACGGGUACCGGGAGUUGGAGAUGCGGCGGUACUUUGGGGGGGUGUACGAGCACGUGUACAUGAUUCGCGAUCCGCGCUGA